GUAGUUGCAGGCUUACAUCCCCAUAAUAAUUUGACAUGCCCCCAAUAAAAGGGUGGUUGAUCAGUUUUGGGAGGUAGAUAUCAAGAUAUCCUACUCCCACCCAACUACAUGCAAUUAAUAUGACAUUCAAUUAAUUAACAAUACUAUUUACCCUCUUAAAUACUUCUAUCACUUGCAAGAAUAUCUCUCCAAUUAUCAGCUCAUUGGUUCGUUAUGCUCUAGAUUUAAGUCCACCAUUUGGAUCUCCGCCAAAAGUACCCAGAAAUUUUUUAAGGGUUUGCUACAAAUUCAAUCCUCUGAAUUGGGUUUCUUUCAUUUUCACCAGAAAUGAAGGUUUCGGUUGUAACACGAAGUGGAAAGGAACUCUUGAAAGGUGGAAUUGAGCUUAAUGAUUCGGCUACAGUUGCUGAUCUACAGGAGGCAAUUCACAAGAAAAUCAAGAAAUUCUAUCCUUCCCGACAACGGCUGACUCUUCCUGUCGAGCCGGGAUCAAAGUCAAGGCCAACUGUUCUAAACGGCAAGAAGAGCCUCAAAGAGUAUGCAGACGGUAAUUCCAACACUCUGACUGUCGUGUUUAAGGACUUGGGACCACAAGUUUCCUACCGUACACUAUUCUUUUGGGAGUACCUCGGUCCUUUGAUCAUCUAUCCCAUAUUCCAUUACUUCCCUGUUUACCAAUACCUCGGCUACAAAGAGGAUCGUGUCAUACACCCCGUUCAGACAUAUGCUUGUUAUUACUGGUGCUUUCAUUAUUUAAAACGAAUCAUGGAAACAUUUUUUGUACAUCGCUUCAGCCAUGCAACUUCUCCCCUGUCUAAUGUGUUCCGAAAUUGCUUGUAUUACUGGAGUUUUGGGGCGUUCAUUGCUUACUAUGUGAAUCACCCGCUGUACACCCCCGUUAGUGAACUUCAAUGGAAAAUCGCAUUUGGGUUUGGGUUGCUCUGCCAAAUUUCAAACUUCUACUGUCAUAUAUUGCUGAAGAAUCUGCGAGGCGCUGACGGAAGUGGAGGAUACCAGAUACCUCGCGGGUUUUUGUUCAAUAUUGUGACCUGUGCCAACUACACCACGGAAAUAUAUCAGUGGAUUGGUUUCAACAUCGCAACCCAAACUGUGGCAGGUUAUGUCUUUGUUGUCGUUGCUGCAGGAAUUAUGACUAACUGGGCACUUGCAAAGCAUCGACGUCUCAAGAAGUUAUUCGAUGGGAAAGACGGACGACCCAAGUACCCACGCCGAUGGGUGAUCUUGCCACCAUUCCUGUAAACAAUACAUUGUGUGGAGUAUGGACAGUGUCUAUAUCAUUUUAUACACUGUUUCAACCAGACCAAUAACUAAAAGUCAUCUGUUUUUAUAAGUUAUCCAAGCUUCUUUACCAAGUUUUCUAGUUAAUUAUGUUCUCCUUACUGUAAACUUACUUCAAUGUAGUUUUUCCAUUGAAGCAAACUUAUGUCAUCUUUCUUUUGCUUCCCAUCUUUGAGGAUGUAAUAGUAUUCGAUUUUACCGA